AUGUCUAUCUUCCUCACUCUCUCACUCUUAUGCAUCAUCUUUACCACCACCAUUUCCACCAAUCUUCCUCCUUCUUCAUUUCCAUAUGGUUUGUCGUACCACAUCGACUGCGGAAGUCCGACGAACACUACCGACCCCUUUAACACCACGUGGCUGUCGGACCGCUACUUCAGUGGCGGCGCCACUGGGAUCGUGUCGGAGCCGCUGCACUUCCGCCACGCGCAUGAGAAGACGCUUCGCUUCUUCCCAAUCUCCUCCGGCAAGAAGAACUGCUACACUAUCCCCUCCCUUCCUCCCUCGCGCUACCUUCUCCGCACGUUCGUCGUUUACGAUAACUACGACGGCAGGUCCCACCCUCCCUCCUUCGACGUCUCCGUCGGCUCUACCGUCGUAUUCUCCUGGCGUUCGCCGUGGCCCCAGUCACUAGCCCGCGACGGCGCCUACGCGGACCUCUUCGCCACAGUCCUCUCCUCUGAAGCCCUAAUUUGCUUCUACAGCCUCGCCACGGACCCCCCGGUGAUCUCCUCCAUCGAGAUCUUCGCCGCCGAUCUGGCUUCCUACGAUGCCGCCGCAAUUGCCGACAACGGCACGGUGCUUGUCAACUACGGUAGACUCUCAUGCGGCUCUGACCAGUGGGGGCCGGGCUUCUCCAACGACUCCGACCGGUUCGGCCGCUCAUGGCAGUCCGAUUCCGAGUUCCGAACUGGCCGGAGCAAAAUCCUCGCCGUGUCGACGCGGAACAGUAUCAGCGGGGCCGAGCAGAAGCCGAAUUACUUCCCGGCGAAGCUGUACCAGACGGCGGUGAUGACGGCAACGACGGCGGAGGAGGGCGGUGGGGUUUUGGAGUACGAAUUGAGCGUGGACGCGAAGCUUGAUUACUUGGUGUGGCUGCAUUUCGCGGAGAUUGAAGGGCGGGUGAGGAGGGUGGGGGGGAGGGUGUUUGAUGUGUACAUCAACGAUGAGAAUUUGACUAGGGUUGAUAUAUACAAGCAAGUUGGGGGUUUUGCUGCGUUUACUUGGCAUCACACGGUGAAGAACUUGAGUAGCCGCGUAUUGAGCGUGAAGCUCGUGGGGGUGGUGGGUGCGCCUCUGAUCUGUGGGAUUGAGAAUUACGCUCUGGUGCCUAGUGAUCCUUCCACUGUUCCUGAACAAGUGGUUGCCAUGAAAGCAUUGAAAGAUUCUCUUCGGGUACCUGAAAGAAUGGGUUGGAAUGGUGAUCCUUGUGCUCCUACUAAUUGGGAUGCUUGGGAGGGAGUUACCUGCCGUAUGAGUAAAGAUAACACCGCUCUGGUGAUAAGUCAAAUUGAUUUGGGAAGUCAAGGCUUGAAAGGGUUCAUAAGUGACCAAAUUAGUCUUUUGUCAGAUUUGGUAAGCCUGAAUUUGAGUUCUAAUUUGUUGGUGGGUAAUAUACCUUCAGGACUCGAUCAAAAAUCCCUGAUACACCUGGACUUGUCCAACAAUCAGUUAACAGGCUCAAUACCAGAUAGUAUAGCAGCUUCUUCAAGUCUGCAGCUCGCGCUUUUGAAUGAUAACUUAUUGGAAGGACUAGUACCAGAACAACUUUAUUCGAUUGGUGUGCAUGGUGGAGCUAUAGAUCUCUCUGGAAACAAAGGUUUGUGUGGUGUACCAUCUCUGCCAGCUUGUCCUAUGUUUUGGGAAAAUGGAAAAUUAUCUACUCAGGGUAAAAUUGCAAUAGGCUUGUCCUGUUCUUUUGUUUUCUGUGCGGUACUUCUGCUGGUCUAUAUUUACAUCAGGAGGAGAAGGAAUGACUAUGAUUUUGCUCUACCUCAUGAAUUGACUUCAUUGGCGGCCAAGAGAAACCGAUAUCAGAGGCAGAAAUCCUUGAUGGUUCUUGAGAUGGAGAGUCAACACGCCAAGGGACUACCUUCACAUUUUACCACACAAUAG